AUGGAGCAGAUUAUUCACCGUCUCAUUGUCCCGGAAAACAGACAUUUACUGCUGCGCUUGGUUCUUCUGGCGCCUUGCACAUACAACUCGUCAGAACAGUUGGUCUACGUUAAGCUAUCCAGUCUGAACAAGGCUGCUGCCGCGCAAGAGCGCGGGACUAGCGAAGGAGCCACAGAUCUUCGGAAAUUGAAUAAUGAACUGAACAGCAACAAAGACUGCGUCUACGCGAGCCGCCACUCCUCCUACGUUUUGCUAUACAACUCUCAAGCCUUUCUUGUGCCGAGGGUUAUGGAUUCUGAUUGUGUGUUGGUUGGAAACU